GAGCAGUCCAAACAUAACGGUGAACGGUAAACGGUCCUCGAAACUGUUUUUGCCAUAUAUUUGUCUUAUCGAAUCGCCGACUUUGGGCCUAGGGACCGCGGCUCCCCGAAUUCUCGCAUUUUCGCAUUCUGACAAAGUGCACACCUUUUGGGAGGCGGCGAAAACUUUUGGCCGCGAAAACUUUUCCACUUGUUUGCCCAUGCGGUGCGCUGGUGUGUGUUUGCCAACUAAUCCAAACAUGUGAGGCUGCAAACAAAUCAUCUUCAACACUAUGUUAUAUUCCCAUUCCAAAGGAGCGUGCCCCAAGUGAUCUGAUCGGCCCCAGAAAAAGUUUUCCCUUGACCAGUUCUAAUGGUAAAUGCAACGAUAAAGUUGUUUUCCGAAAUUCGGCGAAAAGUUGCCAGCCAACUGUCCUCAUAAAAUAUGCCAAGACAUUUACAUCGCCCGGCACAACUGCUUUAAGCCCGCUGGCACCCGUUGGCCAUCAAAGUGUUAAAGUGCUAUAAAAAAAGAGCCAUGUCCGAAUUGGGAUCGAUACACCUGCACGCACCUGUCGCGAGGCCGUUGUAAUGCUAAUAAAUUCUCGGGUGCCAUUGGUUUAAUUAAAGAACCGUCAGAGCCGGACUCCGCGGAGGGCACUCGACCAGCCUGAAGAGGUGGACGGGCCGAGGGUAGGGGCAUUGUUCGACCAGAAGGACACUCGCCAAUCUGUGGACGCGCCUACGCUCGCCGCGGCCCAAUCGGGCCACUGGCGGCUAUCUGCUGACGGGCACAAGUGCGCCGCGUGACGAUGAGUUCGUCGCAGGACGGAGGCAUCUCCUGGAUCAGGGCAAGGAUAAGGAUAAGGAUCAGCAGCAGCAGCAGCAGCGGCUGGGGCGGCGGGGAUACGCACCUGCCGAUGAGUGUUUAAUUAAUGUGACUGACUUUAGUGAUAUUCAAAUAAGUGAGGGGACUGGCGGCGAGGCAGUGGCCAAGACCAUCACCGAGCUGAGAGUGCCCACCAUAACGACCACGAACAGCAGCUCCAUCCACAGCAACAGCAACAGUAGCAACAUCAACAGCAACAGCAACAGCAACAAUAGCAACAUGUCGCGCCUCAUACAACCGCGAUAUCGUUUUCGAGAUCUAUUGCUGGGCGAUUUCUCAUUCAACGAUGACGGCGAAAGAGUUCGUGUGGAGUACUAUGUGAACGAAAACACAUUCAAAGAAAGACUGCAACUCUAUUUCAUUAAGAAUCAGCGUUCAAGCCUGCGCAUACGAAUCGCCGAUUUAUUCCUUAAGUUACUGUCGUGUGUUCUCUACAUAAUACGUGUGAUAUUGGAUAAAAAUCCAACAUUUAUAACAUGCUAUGGCUGCGAAGUGGGCAAUAAGACGGAGUUCAUCAUCUCGGCCAAGCUGACGGAGGAGGAGUUCCAGGAGAACCCCAUCAUCAACUGGGACGCCAUACUCUGGGUGAAUCGGCCAACAGUGCUCUGGGUCCUGCAGCUGCUUCUAGCCAUGGUGUCGCUAACGCAAUCCUUGGUUCUCACAUAUCUAGGCUAUAAGGGCAACAUCUGGCAGCAGAUACUCUCAUUUCACUUUAUACUAGAAUUAGUCACGACAAUACCCUUUGCACUUACGAUUGUUCAUCCCCCGCUACGAAAUUUGUUCAUUCCCAUUUUCCUCAACUGCUGGCUGGCCAAGCGAUCGCUGGAGAACAUGUUUAAUGACCUCCAUCGCGCCAUGCAAAAGUCCCAGUCAGCCCUCUCCCAGCAGCUGACCAUUCUAUCGGCCACACUGCUGUGUUUGGUCUUCACGAGCGUUUGUGGUAUCCAGCACUUUCAGCGCGCCGGCCAUCGACAUUUGAAUCUCUUUCAGAGCACAUACUAUGUGGUUGUGACCUUCUCCACAGUGGGAUACGGUGACUUUGUGCCGGACAUUUGGCCCUCGCAGCUCUAUAUGGUCAUCAUGAUUUGUGUCGCCCUCAUUGUGUUGCCCACGCAGUUUGAGCAGCUGGCCUUCACGUGGAUGGAGCGCCAAAAGCUGGGCGGCAGUUACAGCUCACAUCGCGCCCAAAGCGAAAAGCACGUGGUGGUGUGCUCCACCACCCUGCAUGCGGACACCAUAAUGGACUUCCUCAACGAGUUCUAUGCCCAUCCGCUCCUGCAGGACUUCUAUGUGGUGCUGCUCAGUCCCAUGGAGCUGGACACGACGAUGCGGAUGAUCCUGCAGGUUCCCAUUUGGGCGCAGCGCGUCAUCUACAUUCAGGGAUCCUGUCUGAAGGAUGGCGACUUGGCGCGCGCCAGAAUGAACGAGGCGGAGGCGUGCUUUAUCCUGGCGGCCAGAAAUUAUGCGGACAAGACGGCCGCCGACGAGCACACCAUCCUACGCUCCUGGGCCGUCAAGGAUUUCGCUCCGAAUGUACCGCAGUAUGUCCAGAUAUUCAGACCUGAGCACAAGCUGCAUGUGAAGUUCGCGGAGCACGUGGUCUGCGAGGACGAGUUCAAGUACGCCCUCCUGGCCAACAACUGCACCUGUCCCGGCGCCAGCACACUGGUCACCCUGCUGCUCCACACAUCCCGCGGACAGGAGGGCCAGCAGAGUCCGGAGGAAUGGCACCGCCUGUACGGCAAGUGUUCCGGAAACGAGAUCUACCACAUUGUCCUGGGCGACAGUCGGUUCUUUGGCGAGUACGAGGGCAAGAGCUUCACCUACGCCAGCUUCCAUUCGCAUCGCAAAUAUGGAGUGGCCCUCGUGGGCGUGCGGCCGGCGGAGCUACCGGAAUUCUACGAGGAAACCAUUCUCUUGAAUCCCGGGCCCAGGCACAUUAUGAAAAAGGAUGACACGUGCUAUUACAUGAGCAUCACCAAGGAGGAGAAUUCCGCAUUUGUCGUCAAUCAAAAUCAAACAUCGGACCCCACGGCAGCUGCCAAGGAGGGGGGCGGACCUGGGGGCGGCCCCUCCUCAUCCGCCUCCCAGCACGCCACUGCUGCAACUGCCAACCCAACAAAAACAACAACAAUAACAACUACAACAACAGUACAAGCAACAACAACAAUUAGCACCACCUUCACAUCAUCAACAUUACUAUCAGCAUCAACAACAACAGCAACAAUAAAUGCAACCUCAACCGCCGCAGCCGCACCACCACCAGUGCCGUCUGUUUGUGUGCGUGUGCCCCACAGUCCCAGUUACGAUAGUGGUGGUGGCACCACCGGCACCACCCACUUGCAACCGUAUCCGUAUCCGCAAUCGUAUCCGCAACCGCAUCUGCCAAUGCAAACACCUGACAGUGGCGAGUUUGCAUCACUAUUUGUGCCUAGCGAAAAUCCGACGGCUGUGAUAAUCUCGGACUCUAGGCAGAACCUCAAGGACACGACGGUGACCCAGACGGCGGCAACGAUAACCACAACGACCCUGCCGCCACCGCCCCAGACGAUGGGAUCCCCCAGCAUGGCGGGCGGAUCGGGCGGCUGUGGUGGAGGUGGCCUCGGCCUGGGUAGUGCCCACAGCAUGGGAACCUCGCUCAGCAUCACCCCAGCCACACUGACCACUACGGGCAACCACCUGGAUGUGCCCUUCGCCAACAAUCCCAACCUGCUCAGUCCGGAUGUGCUCAACCAGCGGAGGGGUAGUAGACGUCCCUCGAUCCUGCCCGUGCCCGACAUGUUCACCUCCUCCUCGUUCAGCAUCGCCGGCAACGACGAUGGCGAAGAGGGGGACGAGAGUGAUGAUGAGAUCGACGACGAGAUGCCCUGGCGUUCUCCAUCUGAGAAGAUUGCCAUCGUCAAGGGGUUUCCACCCGUGUCACCCUUCAUAGGCGUUAGUCCCACGCUCUGCUACCUGCUCAAAGAGAAGAAGCCCCUCUGCUGUCUGCAGUUGGCUCAGGUGUGCGAGCACUGCAGCUAUCGAAAUGCAAAGGAGUAUCAGUGGCAGAACAAGACGAUUAUCCUGGCAGCGGACUACGCCUCCAAUGGCAUAUACAACUUCAUCAUCCCGCUGAGAGCUCACUUCCGAUCGAAGACCUCGUUGAACCCCAUCAUCCUGCUCCUGGAGAGAAGGCCAGAUGUGGCCUUCCUAGAUGCGUUGUCGUACUUUCCUUUGGUCUACUGGAUGCUGGGCUCGAUCGACUGCCUGGACGAUCUGCUGAGGGCUGGCAUCACUUUGGCAGAAAGCGUGGUGGUGGUCAACAAGGAGCUCUCCAAUUCCGCCGAGGAGGACUCCCUCUCAGACUGCAACACCAUUGUGGCCGUGCAGAAUAUGUUCAAAUUCUUCCCCAGCAUCAAGAGCAUCACCGAGUUGUCGCAGAGCUCCAACAUGAGGUUCAUGCAGUUCCGGGCCCACGACAAGUACGCCCUCCAUCUGAGCAAAAUGGAGAAGCGCGAGAAGGAGCGCGGGUCGCACAUCUCCUAUAUGUUCCGCCUGCCCUUCGCCGCAGGAGCCGUGUUCAGUGCCUCCAUGCUGGACACCCUGCUGUACCAGGCCUUCGUGAAGGACUAUGUGAUUACCUUUGUGCGGUUACUGCUGGGCAUUGACCAGGCGCCGGGCAGUGGGUUCCUCACUUCGAUGCGCAUCACUAAGGACGACAUGUGGAUACGCACCUAUGGUCGCCUGUACCAGAAGCUGUGCUCCACCACCUGCGAAAUACCCAUUGGCAUUUACCGCACGCAGGACACCUCGAAUGCGGACACGUCUCAUGUGAGUAACUCGCCGGUCGAGAGAUGGGGACCCUUCUCGGCCUUCAGCAGGCAUUGUGUGCGCUUGCGUCCAUCGUACGACGAGGAGACCGGCACGCCCGACUCGACGAAGGACUCGACGGAAAUGCUGCGCGGGGUCACCUACCGCCCGCCUGGGUCGGCAACAGGUGGCGCCAGCAGCUUCCGGCCUCAGCCGCAACGCCAGCGUUCGGUCAACUGCCUGGGCGGUUGCUCGGAGCGCAAGGGAUCAUCCUAUUCCAUCAAUCUGGCCGACGAGGCGAGGGACAACCACGCUCAGCAGAUCGAGCGCGCGGAGAUCGCGAAUCUUGUGCGGAGUCGGAUGGAGUCUCUGAAUCUACCCACGAUCGACUAUGACGAUGUGAGCGAGAAGCGCAACCACCUGUCCUAUGUGAUAAUCAACCCGAGCUGUGAUCUCAAACUGGAGGAAGGCGAUCUCAUAUACUUGGUGAGGCCGUCGCCGUUCUCCGCCCAAAAGACCUUCGAGCGACACAACUCGCGCCGCAAGUCGAACAUCUCGUUCUGCUCGAACAUUAACCUGGGAGCCACCUGUGGCCCUCAGAUGCCGCAGAUGAACAUGAACAUGGCCAACACCGCCGUCGGGGCUGGAUCGCGUCGAGGAUCCGGCAUUGCCGGCUUGAACCCCAUGCAAAUGCAGAGCGUUCAGACCUUGGCCGGGUAUGGAUCAACCUCGCAGCGCUGUAGCCCCCCGAUGCAGCAAAUUAAAUCGAAUUCUCUUUCUCUACCCGACAGUCCGACGGUGGUUGGCAAUCAGCGAGGACGGAGUAACUCAUUGCGGAUCGACAACGAUAUCCUGCUGCGUCGAUCCUCGUCCCUGCGACAGGGCCUUCCCAGCGUGGGCGUCAGCCACGGCCGGAGAAAGUCGUCGCUGGAAGAGAUCGGCAUUAGCCACUUCACCACCCUCAUGCAGGCAACCAACCAUAGCAAUCCCAUCAAGAUAUCCCUAAACGGUAGCAUCGGCAUGGAGAACCAGAUCUCCUUGCAGGUGACACCGCCCGAGGAGCCCACACCCAUGCUAGGUGUGCCUUGUGUGUUGGGCGGUGGCGGUGGAGGGGGCAUUAACCCAUCUGGAGCAGGCUCCUCCACCGGCGGCAUGCUGGGCGGCGGCUCCUCACUAGCCAUUAACACCGCUGACCUGGGACCCGGACCAAGUACCUCUUCGGGCGCCAGUGGGUCACUGCAGGCACAGGACUCGCUGGGACAGCAGUCAUCUCAGGUGUCAUCGCCUCAGCACUUGCAGGGAACGAUCGUAUGAUACAACCUGAUGUGGGGGCGCCGACUCCGCUCCUCCAUGUCGAAAAACAAGUGGAUAUAGAAUUCGGCCAGCACACACAGACACACCCGUAGAGAUAAGUUCUAGGCAGAGCGAAAGUAUUAGGAACCCAACCAAAUAAACCCACCCACCCCAAAGGCUGUCUGUGGUGUGUGUUCUCGGUUAGUCCACUUCGAGUCCCAUUAGGUUAGUCGCGUACGCUUAAUAGAUCACUAGGGAGUGGCGCGUGCUUAUCAGUUUAUCGCUAGGGAGUAGGCAUACGAGUAUAUUGUAUAUUGCAUGUUUUGCAAAUUAGUUGUAAGCUAUGAACAUGUCGGCUUUGUACAAAGGAAGCCGCGGCAAAUUGUGUUUUGGGAACAACAAAUGUAGUUAAACUAUCGGAUAGGUGGGGCGAUGAAUAAGCAAACUGUAUAACUGUAUAUAUCUGACGCCUAGUUCUAAGCCAGAUGUAGCAAACUAUCAAAUAGAUCGGGCUUUAACGAAAAACCAUGUAUGUAUAUACCUUAGGUAUGAUCACUUAGUUGGGCUUUAGCUCGGUGUAGCUUCCCCUUCCUUCGGGAGGAUCUUCCUCUGACCCACGUUUAACCCCAUAUAGAUACAUAUAUGAAGGUGCUAUCAAUGUCUUGUACUAUACACACAUUCAGAUUCACAUUUUGUAAAACUACUAGGAGUGUUCUACAUAAUUAUAGGAGAGAAAGAAGGAGAAAAACAAAACAAGAAAGGGAAAGUGAAAGUGAAAGUGAAAGUGAACGGUUUUCAUAACAUAAAUUGGAACGGGCUUUGGUAUACUCUAAUGCUUUACAAACCAACAGAAAUAUGUAUACAUAUAUUAAAAUAAAUCAAACAAUUUGUAUAUAAACUAUGUGAGUAAGAACCAACCAUGCAUUCAAAUUAAAAAAAAAGAAGGAAAACUACUAUAACCUUAUGAGCAAAACUUAAUUCGAAAGACAACAGAAUUUAGAUAUCGUAUAUAGUUUAGAGUUAACUAUUUAAGGCUAGUUUGAACAAAGGAUCAAGUAUCGGAAACUGUACCAAAUUCAAUGAGCUAUGUGUACCAGCGUUCACAUCUAACACAACCCAGUAGCAAAGUGUAACUCAAUUCGAUCCCAGCUAUAGGCUCUCUAGAAAUUAAUUAAAGCAAACUAUGUACCUACUCAACCACAUACCGCAUACCACAAACCACAAACCACACAAACACUCACACUCACACUCACCAGAAAUGUUAGUUAAAGCACUACGUCAGUUUUAUAAGGAAAUUUUAGUCAACGAUGACGAUGAAAUGCAUUCCAGUGUCUGGAGGGAAUACCUAGUUUAGCUUAUGCCUAGCACCCCAGAAACCUAUUUAUAUAGAUAUAUAUAGAUCUGUAUACUACUGAAUCUGUACAUCUGCAACCACAUAGGCCACAUAGAUCAAAUCGAUGUCUCAAUGUACAAAAGUAGUUAACUGAGCCGCAAUUGGCAUUGGCUGCGGCAUUAGAGAUACGAUUAGUGCGAAC